ACGAUGCACUGGGACAUGUUGAAAUACCAAGAAACAUUGAUCACUUCUUGAAGUUUGACAAUGAUUUUUCAGCUGGUUUUAGAGUAAAAUGUACAAUAAUGUUGAACUAAAUGUGAUAGGCAAAAUAACAAUUAAAAUGCAUAACUAAAGAUAUCACAAAAAAGAUAAUACAGCAACAACAGGUAUUUUCACAAUAUGGGUCCCGUCAGCCUCACUCUGGUUAUUCAUUUUCAUAAGCGGAUGGGACCGAUUAGGUGCACUGCUGUUUACGUCCACUCAGAUACAUUACAGUUCGGAAACAAUAGUUUUUUAAUCAACUCUUGACUUGGUAGAAAACUUUGCGUGCCAGUCAUUUCUUCACGGUUAAAUAUGUUUUAAGUGAGUUUUCAAUUUAGGAUACAAUGAAUAUUUUAAUUUUCAUGUUAUUUCUGGGAAUAUAAUCGCCCAAAAAAUAUUUUGUGGCCACGAAUGUGAUAGAGACGCUGUAUUUUUUUUAAGGUGGUCUUUUUUCUGACACUGGAAACUACAGUCGUAGUUCGUGUUCGUUUUUUUGAUGGUCAUUCGGAAGGAAAAUAAUCUUAAAAGAGUGUGUUUUUUAUUAUAGUGUUUUCGACCCCUGGCUUAUUUUGGACCAUUCUAUUUGUGGAAGUGGCAUAGGAAACGAAAUGUAUUAAGCCUGUGCUAGAAACGUUUGUAUGGAAAGCAAGAGUCGGUGAAGAUCAGGUCUAAGAAAAGUAACAAAAAGGGGAGCCCUACAAACUCCAAGGUGCCGCCAGUGUGCUAUGAAAUAAUCACCUUGAAAACUAAGAAAAAGAAGAAGAUGGCUGCUGAGAUCUUCCCCACUAAGAAACCAGCCAGCACCACCACCGUCCAGAACUAUCAGCAAAAUCUGAAUAACAAUAACACUAUCCCGGCUACUAACUGGCAAGGGCUGUAUCCCACCAUCCGAGAGAGAAAUGCAGUGAUGUUUAACAAUGAAUUGAUGGCAGAUGUUCAUUUUGUGGUUGGUCUACCUGGGGGGACUCAGCGGUUGCCAGGACACAGAUAUGUCUUGGCCGUUGGAAGCUCUGUGUUUCAUGCCAUGUUUUAUGGAGAACUUGCAGAGGAUAAGGAUGAAAUUAGAAUCCCAGAUGUGGAACCUGCUGCCUUUCUUGCUAUGCUGAAGUACAUAUAUUGUGAUGAGAUUGAUCUGGGUGCCGAUACAGUGCUGGCCACCUUAUAUGCUGCUAAGAAGUACAUUGUCCCCCACCUGGCACGUGCCUGUGUCAUCUUCCUGGAGACCAGCUUGAGUGCCAAGAACGCCUGUGUGCUGUUGUCACAGAGCUGCCUGUUCGAGGAGCCCGACCUGACCCAGCGUUGCUGGGAGGUGAUCGAUGCGCAAGCUGAGCUUGCUUUAAAAUCUGAGGGCUUCUGUGACAUUGAUUCCCAGACACUGGAGAGCAUCCUCAGGAGGGAGACACUCAACGCUAAAGAGAUUGUUGUCUUUGAAGCGACACUCAGUUGGGCCGAGGCUGAAUGCCAAAGGCAGGAAAUGACUGUCACCAUUGACAACAAGCGCAAGGUGUUGGGCAAGGCCGUUUACCUCAUACGCAUCCCUACCAUGGCGUUGGAUGACUUUGCCAAUGGAGCAGCCCAGUCGGGCGUCCUUACCCUCAAUGAGACCAACGACAUCUUCCUUUGGUACACUGCUGCCAAGAAACCAGACCUGGAGUUUGUGAGCAAGCCCAGGAAAGGCUUGGUUCCCCAACGCUGCCACCGUUUCCAGUCAUGCGCUUACCGUAGCAACCAGUGGCGCUACAGGGGAAGGUGCGACAGUAUCCAGUUUGCAGUGGACAAGCGAGUGUUCAUUGCUGGCUUUGGACUGUAUGGCUCGAGCUGCGGAUCAGCGGAAUACAGCGCCAAGAUCGAACUCAAACGGCAAGGGGUCAUCCUGGGGACAAACUUGAGUAAAUAUUUCUCUGACGGGUCGAGCAACACCUUCCCCGUCUGGUUUGAAUACCCUGUGCAGAUUGAGCCUGACACUUUUUAUACAGCGAGCGUGGUUCUCGAUGGCAAUGAACUGAGCUACUUUGGGCAGGAAGGCAUGACAGAGGUGCAGUGUGGGAAAGUGACCUUCCAGUUUCAGUGUUCCUCAGACAGCACCAAUGGAACAGGCGUGCAAGGCGGACAGAUACCAGAGCUCAUAUUCUAUGCCUGAAGUAGUGAACUCCAAACUUGCAUACUGUACAAUCUUUAUAUUAUAUAUGCGUUUAGUUAUUCAAAUUCCAAAAACAUGCAUGACGUGACAUAUUCCUUUAAACUAGUCUUUUUUCUCUCUGUUUUUCUUUUAACUUUUUACAAAUGUAAUGUGGGCUGGACCUUCAAGGUUGAUAAGCCAUUUUGAUAUUCAUUAUAUCAUUUCAAUUUCUUGAAUCUUGGGAUGAAAUAAAGUAAGCUAACUACUGUAUCAUAAAGAACUAAAAGCUAAUGGCAAGCUCCACUGAAUGCAUGUCCACCUCAGUUAUAGAAGGCCGCACUGCUCCGACAUGUAUUAUAUACGACUAGCACUGGAUUUUUGUGAUAAUUUGGCUUUGAGACAUAUGUGUAUAAAUGAUAAACUAGUAAUUUUAAUGUCUACUUUGUACAAAGUUGAGGAUUAUGUUUCAAACAAGGGUAGAAUACAAUGAGCACUUUCAUAUUUUCCAGCAUAUAAAUAAGCUUUCAUUUAUCUCAAUAUAUCAUUACUACACUCCCACUCCCCAGUGGCUUACCUUUUAAAAGCACUGCAGUUUGAAGUGAAGGGUGAGUCCAGCAUUGGUCGAAUCUCUCUUGUACCAAGUUGAUGAUAUUGGCUUGUGACCUACAUGGAUUGCUGCAUUGGCUUUCCACAGCGUUGGUGAUGAUUGGGUUGGGCUAGCCUCACCAUGCUCCAAUGACCACUACUGGUCAAGCUGCCGACAGAGACUUCCCAGGCUGGUCCCUUGCCUCCAGGUUUCAGUAGCUGGGUAAGACCCGUUGUGAAGUUCAGCUGCUGAAAAGGAAUUAGCUUGUCAGCAGGAGCAUUGAUAUAUAGUCCUCUUGAUCAGGAAGUUGGUAAAUAUAUGUAAAAUCACAGUUUUUUUGUAAUGAACAGACGCCGGUUUCAAAGUGCAUCUUAAAUUCGACACUUCAAUGUGUGUUCGUCAAGUCCUUGUAAAUGACCAAAUUGGAAAAGUUUUUUUCACCUCAAAUCUUUCAUGCUGUAUGUGGUGAAAUAUACAGAUCCCUUUGACUUUUGAGGUGUACUGUAUGCAUAUAUAGUAACUUGGUGAACACUGUAAAUAGCCAGCCAGUAAAUUACCUUAAUCGUUGGGCUUGCUGCUAGCAUGUGCUGAUACCCACAGGAAUUAUUCUCAGUUAAGAACAGAAAAGUACUGCUUCCCUGCUGGAUUCCUGGCAUUUUGCCGUUAAAGAAGUUCCAGUAUCUGCACAAACUGUAAGAACUACAAUGGAACAAAUGGUUAUAGACUCUUCCAUUCGUGAUUAACACAAUUUUAUUCCAGCACUAACCUCAAUCAGUACAGUGUGAAAGGAAUUUGUGCAUUUCCUAUAGCUGGAAGGUAAAGACUGCAAGAGUCAACAGAGCCUUUGUGCUUCAACCCUUUAAUUUUUACACAAAGAUAAACGUUUGACAAAUUAGCCACAUUUGAUUCACAUUUUUUUCCCAUGCAAAGAAUAAAAACCUUAUCACGAUAACCAAUAACAAAUUGAUUAAAAGUGUGUGAAAUCCUUUAAAAUGUCAUAAUUUUUUUAAAUAGGCCAGCCGGCGUGAACCUGUGACAAGUGUUUUCAUGUUUGUAAAGUCUGCAGAAUAUAUCUAGAUCUAACUCCAUCAUUGUAUGUGGUUUUUUAAAUUACCUGAUGAAUUUCUUCAGAUGUGAUUUUAAAAAAAUGUACAUUAAAAACACCCAUAAAAAUGAUGUAUAUAAUAUCAAUGUGAACUGGCAAUGGGGUCAUUCAGGGGAAAUAUUGCAUGAGACCUAUUUUUUGCUUUUAGUUUAAAAAAAAAAAAAAAAAAAAAAUGAUUUGACCUCAGCGAAUAAUUAUUAUAAUUACUGAUUUGCUGUGACUCAUUACAUAAGAAAAAUGUUAAUAAUAUGACACACUUGCAUCAUAGCUUACAUUUUUAUGACUGUACUGAUUCCAUGUUUUGACUGGGGAAAGAAUUUGUACUGGGGUCACAAAAAAAGUUUUGAGUGUCUCAUAUUUACCCAGGACGACCCUGUAUGUUCUAAUGCAAAUGCAUUGACUGUAUGCCUAAAAAAAAUGUUUAAAAA